AUAGUGGGGAUUGGUUUGGGUUAGGGUAUGAGUACCAGGGUAAACCAAACAGAGGCAGAAUAAGACGGGCUACGAGGAACGUCCUUUGACGUCAAUAAAGAGUGGAGUAGAUCCGAUCUAGCAUCUCCCCCAACACAGGCUUGUGCUUCCUGAUCCUGUUUAUAUGCCAAAUGUGAAACUAAAGUUCUAUCAACUGGAGGUGCAGAAAGCAAAAGGUCGCAGGAAUGUAAGCUCAGGGUCCAACAGGCUGCUGCACAAGGAAAUGGAAGAGAUAAGUCCUUUGUUGGGUAACCAGAUUUCUGGGCAACCACAUGAGGACCCAGACCUUCUGUCGCCAAACCUAAGGCCGAGACACCAGGAACUGAUCCCGACACCAUGUGGACCGAUAAAGCCAUGGUCGGAGCUGUCAUGUCUGCUCAAGCUCUACUUCUGCUUCACCAUAGCGUCUCUUCUGGCGCUGCUCGGCCUCACCCUGUUCAGCAUCUACAAGCAGCACAUGGACACAGAUAUAUACGAUGUGGACAACUUCACUGUGUCUCUCAUCCAGUUGGUUGGAAUCUUGUUCUGCAUCUACUACAUCAGUCGGGGUGUGAUGCAGGAGAACAGACAGGAGCUGGUGGUGUUUGUGCUCAGCGUGUUGGGGGUGAUGAUUCGAUCUGUGGUCAACUUCUCUGUGCUGGGGUCAAAGAGCAAGCAGGAGCUACUGGUUCGCUUCGUGUGCAUUAUGUGUCUUGGCGUGAUCCAUGUCUUCUGCACCACGCUGCUCAUCCAGAAGCCCAACAUGAUGGCAUUCCGUGUGGGCGGGGCCUUGGAGAGCCUCCAGGAGCAAUACUUUCUGCUCAACCUGUGUUUCUCCAUGGUGACCUUUGAUCUUCAGGCUCAGUUGUGUCUGUGUAUCGUGAUCACAACGUCGGACUUGGCUAUGUCUGCUCCCAAUAGCCCACCCAUCAUCCUGGGCGUCGGAGUGGUGUGGGCCUGCCUGACCGCCACAGUUGGGGCGGUUGCAGUUUUAAAGGAAGCCAAGAACUUAGUUUGGGUCUUCAUGAUGCUGAAUCUUCUUCAACUAGCCUUCUUUGUUUAUCUGGUUUACACGGUAGUGUUGAAAUGGUUCGAGGACAGCACGUACACCCUGGAGGCCGCUGCCAUCACCGGAGCUUUGAUUUCACUGGUGAUUAAAGUGGUUUUAUUCUGGGGCCUCAUCAGACUGGUGCACAGCUUCGGCCAAGGCCUGAGGGAGAGGAUGUUUGCACCCAGCAAGUGAUACACUUGUUCCAGUGGGCAUGGACCAAGGACAAAGCUGCAUGCUGUGGGCCUAACAAAGCUGCUCACUGUGAAGUUAAUAUUUCUUUUCAACAUCAACUACACCUAUCAGUCAUCUGACUUCCUAAUUUUUGCUUUAAGUGCUUUAUAAUGUAUUGGUUUUUAUUCAAACUAACACUCCUUUGUCAGUGUGUCUAUUUCCAGGAUGUAAAGCAUCACAACUGAAAUUACAUCAAAUGCCUUUUGUAGGUUGAAUUCAUGAUGGUUUUUAAUUUGUUUCCUUUUUAAGUGGCCAACAUCCUCCAUUU